AUGGGACCAAACUAUGCCGAUUUUCUCGAGUACAUCAAUUCGACCCCGGUGCCCCGGGACGAGAUCGAGCACUUCCGCGCGACAUGGGCCAGAAAAUACGUCGACGACCCAGCGUACAGGCCCAUCGUGUCCUUCUCGCGCAUCCCAAAGUCCGAUGGCGUCGACACGUUCUUCGCAAAGACCAUCCGAUCCCCCGGCACCAUCCCCAACGCGCUCACGUUGAUCCGGAAGGAUUUUGUCACUCCGCCAGAAGAACCGUCGCCGUCGCAGUCGCUGUGGCAGCCGAAAUCCCAAGGACGACGGGGAGAUGAUGGUGAUGAUGGCAGGAAGAACUUCAAAGGACCGCCGGAUUUUAUCUGGCUGCUUGAUCUGCGCUCCGACUUGAAUGGCUUCAAGGACACGACGCACGGCGGCGUGCUCUGCGCGCUCAUGGACGAGGCCCUGAGCAUCUGCGUCGAGAUCCACCGCCAGCAGACCAUGGGGAGGCGCUCCAACUUGUACACCGCCUAUCUCACGACGCACUACCGCGCGCCCGUGAUGAAUCCCUCCACUGUGGUGGUGAAGUCCAGGCUCGAGAGGAGGCAGGGCCGGAAGUGGUUCUUGGUCGGGUCGCUCGAGGACGAGCAGGGGCGGGUCUUGACCGAAGCGAAUGGCCUGUGGGUCGCGGCGAGGGAGAAGUUGUGA